AUGCAGCUCACCAACUUCAUCUCACUCCUCUCGCUCAUCGUGGCGGUCACGGCCUACCCUUUCAUGGCCAACUACGACAAGAUGACUGAGGUCGAGAAGCGCGAAUUCACCGAGACGUACCGUCGCAUGGCCAAGCGCUCUGCUGCCGAGAUCUCCUCCAAGUACCCUUACACUGGCGCCAAGAACGACGGUCUCCCGGGUACUCAGGUCGGAAACGUGCUCGUCCCUGCCGUGGGCGACACAGACCACCAGUACCAGGACCCACCUGCCGGUGCUUUCCGUGGACCCUGCCCUGGUCUCAAUGCUGCUGCCAACCAUGGUUUCCUUAGUCGAGAUGGUAUCGUCACCUUCAACGAGCUCGUCCAGGCCCAACAGAACGUCUACAACGUCGGCUAUGACCUCGCUGUCGUCUUGGCUACACUUGGUGUCGGACUUGACGGUGACCUGAUCACUACCAAGCUCAGUCUCGGCGGAGACGCUACCUCCCAGACCUCGGCCCUCGGCGGCAGUCGCGAGGGCGGUCUCGCCACGCACAACAAAUUCGAGGCGGACGCAUCUCUCACUCGCAGUGACUACUUCCUCAACAACGGCGACAACUAUUCUUUCAACGGUACUUUAUUCGGUUUCAUGACGACCACAUGCAACAAGGUCUUCGACCGGGCCUGCAUGACCAAGUACAGGGCUCAACGAUACGAGCAGUCAAAGGCCGACAAUGGUCAAUUCGUCUUCCUCCCCACAGCCCUUCUCCUCUACGGUGCAUCUUCCUUCCUCUACGAGCUCAUGCCCACCAACGGCGGCGGUCCCGACUUUGCCACCAUCUCCACCUUCUUCGGCGCAAAGGACAACGGUGAUGGUACCUACUCUCACGUACCCGAGCGUAUCCCCGACAACUGGUUCAACCGCGCCUCCCCCUACACCCUCACCGACGUCAACAACGAGAUCAACGCUCAGUAUCUCGCCUCGCCGGUCCUCUUCGGUUUCAACGCCGGCUACCAGAACUUCUUGGCCCUCAACACCACCACCGGUAUCGUUAACGGCAAAUUCUCCCCCAACACUGCGAAUGACGUUGCUUGUGUCAUCCAGCAGGCGGUCCUUGCGGCUAUCCCUUCGACCAUCCAAGGAUUCAUUACCUCUCCCCUCACCGCUCUCGCUGGCAUUGCGGGCAGGAUCAACCCCAUCUUCUCGCAGACAUUCGGCUGUCCCGCGGUUACCGCUGGUGUGCCCCUCGUUUAA